AUGUUAAUGACCUACUCUCGCGGCCGCCGAAUCAACACCGGCGCAUGGGAAGCCUUGAAGUUCGAAGUGACCACGAUGGUUGACGGUACAGCCUGCCUUGGCAAGUCAACCCUACUGCAAGGCCUCAAGGAUGAAGGGUACGCAGUGGUGGUAGGGGAUUACUGCGAGGAUU